AUGGAUUUCCAACCCAAUACUUCUUUACACCUGAGCCCGCCCACCAACCAGCUCAACUUAGAUCUCGUCCUCGAUCCGUCGUCGUCUCCGUCCUCGCCGUCUGAACCGACGAAAGUUUUCUCCUGCAACUACUGCCAGAGAAAGUUUUACAGCUCCCAAGCCCUCGGAGGCCACCAAAACGCCCACAAGCUGGAGAGAACGCUGGCCAAGAAGAGCAGAGAGCUGACUUCCGUCGUCGUCCGAGCCCAGUCGACCGGAGGAGGCCCGAGCCACUCUCCGGUGGGACUGGGUCAGGCUCGUGGUUGGGUUGAACAUGACCAAGGAUUUUAUGAUCAUGGUAGGUUUGGUUCUUGGUCGAGUAAUGGAUAUAGAGUUGAUCACCAGAAUGGUGUUCAUCAGGAGGAUAUUAAUGCCCAGAUUGACUUGUCCUUGAGACUUUGA